UGCAUAUCGCAUGGGAGUUUCGAAUUCUACGUUUGUUUUUCACGUCUUUAAUCGCUUGCUUCUUUUUGAGAAAAUCAGGAAACGUGAACAGGUAGUAAAAUGUCUGUAGAAUGUGGUUAAUCUUAGGAAAUCUCCAUAGGGAAAAAAGUAUAGUGAUGGAUGCAAUCUGGAAACGUUUACAGAAGGUGUAAUAGUUUAUAUCAGAAGCAUAUCACCUUGACAAGGUGACAUGCUUCUGUUUAUUGAACCUGUAAUUAAUUGCUGUGAUUUUCUUCACCAACGCAAGGAGUAAUUAUGUAAGAGAUAAGAUAUGCCUUUGUUUGUUUGUAUUCCUUAUAUGAAGUCGUCUUACUUAAGGAAAAAAAAAUGCAUCAAUUUCUCCAUGGCCACGAUGUUGGUUUAGACUGAGAACGUUCCUCCAGCAUUUUCUUCGUUCUUCUCCAGCAUUCAAACCUUAAUUUUUUCCGUAAACUUUCGUUUUGCCUCAAAAUGCAUUUGCAUCAAACACAAUAUUUUGGCUUAGCAACAAGCCUCCAAUUAAGUCAUUAAAUCAGUUUUAAAAUGCUUAACAGCUAGGGCAAUUUAAAUUAAAACGUUGAGAUGCUGAGUUUGUAAAAUGGCGAAUGGUGUACAGGAUCUUACAGCAUUGAGAUAUAGUUCUGUGGAAUGUUUGUUACUCUGGGCUCGAUAAUUUAAGUAAAUAGCUGCCGUGCUAGUUUAAUACAUUGGUUGUUUUUCCAACAUAAGACAAAGCAAUACGGGUCCUUGGCUUCAUUCCAAACAAAACUGGUCCAGUUCAAUACAGCCCUCUAUCUGUCACGCAACACUACGCUCUUUCGUUGCGUGACAGAAAAAUGGGCAGAACACCUUCCAUACCGUGUGUUUACCAUCCCCUGUUGAUCCUGAGGAAAGAAAGGUCGCUUCCCUUCAGUGUCUCUUGCGAGUCUCCACGAUUCCUAUUCUUGGGUCUAUUAACACGAAUCCACAAAUCCUGCAAAAGGUUUUCAAAUUUUGCGCGAGGAGUAGAGCGAGGCUAUUAAAUUGCAAGACCCGUUAAAACGAGACAUUUAUGCGGCUGGAUCUCUGGAACAGAUGCAGGAACAGCAGCAAGGAAGGCGAAAGAUUAUGGAAAAGGCGUUUCGCCCGAUUGGUAGCGUUUUCUAACGGAUGAAUGCAAGAUUUAAGUCCCGAGCCAGUCCUGGGGUGAAUACGAACACAAGAAAAAACAUAUAGUGGUGUGUGAGGGGGAAAAGGUGUAGGCUGUAUUCUGUUAUUGGUUGGUUUUAUGCAGCCAUUAUUGGGUUGUCACGCAGUCGCUCUCGUUACCCGGGGGGCCGGGAAGUGUUGCGUGACGCCCCAAAUGUUGAAUACUGGCCGUGACUUUCUUGUUGAAAAAUUGAAAUAAAAUAAAUUUUGUCAUAAAUCAUGAGUGUUUCUCUCCGUUCAGUAGUUGCACCUUCCUUUAAUAUAUCCUACUCCUUCUAUUUUUUAUUGUUUAAGGCGGGGGUAAACAUGAAAGGAGAAAUCCUUCUCAAAAUAUCUUUUAACAAAGGCAAAAAUAACUCGUUUUGAGCUUUGAACUUACAGUAGCAGAAAGAUUUCUCAAGAUAAACUUUAAUACCUUAAGAUCCAAAUUCCGGCAAAAACAUAAAUUCCAUCUUUUACAGAAUUUUCAUGUCUAACCCCGCCUCAUUUUUUUUUUCCCGGUUUCUGUUAGUAAUCUAUUUCAUUUUUCUUGCACCCAUGGCCAAAGCGCCGCCCAGAGAUUUAACAUGUUUUAUUUUCAUUUUUUUUCGCUUUCCAUCCUAAAACAUCGACCUUCCCUUGUUUCUUUGAUCCUUGAUACGUGAAUAAAUUCGUCGCUCAUUGAAUAAUUUGCACACGAGCGGAUGGAAAAAAAAAUCCUAACCCCUCCAUAGACAGUGAUAUUUUGGUAUGUUUUCGGCGUGACGUCAUUAGCAACUUUGCGCCUUUGGAGCAAGCGCUGAAUUUUUCGUCGCUCGAGCUCGGCGAGAGGUCAAAUUGUUUGGCCUGCUAAACUGCGGUAAACGUGAUGACUGAGUGUCAUAAGUGCGGCAAACUAGUAUAUUUUGCUGAACAAAGAAAUUCUCUUGGUAAAGUGUGGCAUCCCGGCUGUUUACGAUGUGAGGAAUGCGGUAAAAGAUUAAAUCCGGGCCAACAUUCUGAGCACAGAGGUAUUCCCUACUGCAAUAUACCAUGCUACAGUUUGUUAUUUGGCCCAGGUGGAUAUGGCAGAGGCGGUACAGAAUCAUAUCAAUAUUUUGCAGAUGAUAAGCUUACGCCAGCAGAACUAGAUGCUAUAAGAAAUGAAGUCAUACCCAAGUUGAGGGAGUAUAACAUAUUCUUUGAGGGAAGAAAAGCUCUGCAGUUAACCAGCAAGGAGGUUGGAGGCAGGCUUAUUCUUGAAGGUGUUCUCAAGAUAUACUGGGGAUUAAAGGUGCCUGUUACGCUAGCGAGCCACAACCUUUCCUAUUGGAGGAGACGCUCUCAAAAAGAGCAGAAUGGUUAUGCAAGAGUCUUAGCUGCUAAGAACAAAGAUGGCAUUAGACCAAGAACUAGUAGCUUGGAGAAGGUUCUUGCCAGGCGUCGUUCCUUACUAGUUAACAACAGAAACAUCCCAGACGCAGGGGACCAGAGAACCAUUCUGGAUUUUACAGUUCAGUCACCUGAAGGCCGGACAACGUUUAUUCCUCCUUAUGGCACCUCAACAAACCUCCGAGUCACAAGCAGAACAAAAACAAGAGAAGUCAUUAAAAUGCUGAUGACUAAAUUCCAGAUUACAGAUGGGCCACAAAAGUUCCACCUUUAUGCUGUGUAUGACAAUGGCUCAAUCAGACAACUACGAAAUGAAGAGUUUCCACUUUACUGUCGACUUCUCCUAGGACCUAGUGAGGAAGCAGCCAAGAUAUUUGUUAUGGAAGCUGAUGACAGCAACAAUAUUUCUCACGAGGUUGCGCAGUAUAUUCACUUUGCCACGCCUGUGUUACAAGCCUUCCUGGAUAAAUAUCAAGAAGAGGAGGAGAAGGAGGUGGAGAGAGUAAAACAAAGCUAUAUGUUAUAUCGUCAGAAGUUGCAAGAGAGACUUGCAGAAAUCUCCACUGCUGUAUAACAGAACGCAACUGCCUGCUAGGAUUUCAUUAAUUUUUUUUUUAUUUUUAUGCUAUAAUUCUAAAAGAAAUAUAUUUAUUUAUUUGUUUAAAUAAAA